AGUGCAAAAUUGCGGUUUUCUUUGGUUUUCAAUAGCCACCUGAGAGAGAUAUAAUUCGGCCGGUGCUCGGAUUCUCAAUAUCAAGUUUGAGUGCAAGAAAUUGUGUGAUUGUUCCAGAAGAUCAUCAUGUUUGCAACAGCAAUUAGGUAUAUGGCAAAGAAACCAAAGCCAAAGAUGAAACCGAUAGAGCUUAAAGCCCCUCCAGAGCAAACACAAACAAUUACAAGAGUUAUCUUUGACAUUUUGAAGGAGCAUGGUCCUCUCACUAUUGCGGACACCUGGGAACGAGUGCAGGAAGUUGGUUUGAGAGGACUGACAAGCAAAAGGCACAUGAAAAUAGUAUUGAGAUGGAUGAGGGAGAGGCAGAAGCUUAGGCUCCUAUGCAACCAUGUGGGGCCCCAAAAACAGUUUCUGUAUACUACCUGGUUCACAAAGCCCAACAUCAAGCAGGCAAAGCCAGGAAAUGAUUCUUCACGACCAAAGCUACCAUGAAAUUUAUGGAUUACAAGCUAAGAAGCUUGUUUAACGUCUCAAGUUGCUUCGAGGCCCGACUCUACUAUUUCAUGAAAAUGUGCUGAACAUAAUUUAUCAUACUAUGCCUCAUACGGACCCUUUGUAUGGUUGGCUUCUCUCCUAUUCAUCUGAUGAUAGCAGGGAAUUCUUUUAUUUUAUUUUAUUUUUUAAAAAAUAAAAUUAGAUUAAUGGUAUAGAUUGAACUUUUGUAGAACUUACUGCAUUCUAGGUGGUUAAUGAAUGUGCUAUAUUUUACCUUC